UUUAGGGAUUUCAGGUGACCCCUGGCAACCUUCCUCUAUCUAGAUGGAGCCUGCCUGAGGCUUGACUACUGGCUGAAACUUAAUCUCUGAUCACAGGCUCCCCCUCCCCCACAGUGACCUCACAAUGGUUACUAUCUUCUCCUCAGACCCAGAGACCCUCUGUUAUGAGUCUUGUUGCCUUAGUAGGGAGCUUUGCCCCGUUGUUCCUGCUGAUCUUCAGGGCAUCCACGUGGGCCUGUCUCUUCUGCUUCACCACCUAUGAGGAACGCCUACGUCUCUGCCAGAUGUUUGUGGGCAAUGAGGAAUCCAAGAUACGCCAGUGUUUUGAUGGGUUCUCUGCUGCUUUUGAGAGUCUCUUAGACCUGGAAAUCAACUAUGACGAGAGGAGCCACCUGCAUGAUGAAUUUACACAGAUGACAGUUUACCUUCAGGAGGUGGCUGCUAGCCGGGGUGAGUGGUCCUUUUGGCAUGCCUUCUCCAGUGCUGCAGAUAAAUUGAAGAGGACCAUUAGAUACCUUAAAAAAGCCCAGGACUGCAUCCCUCCUUGUGGCGUCCAGGAGGUCACUAGGCGUUUCCACUGCUCGGGCUGCUUUUCCACAAUCUGCAGGCUGCCUCUAGACUGUCCAGUUCAGGACAUGCUGGUGAACCGAGGGGACCAGGCUUUGUUUUCUUGUAUCGUGGCCUUCCAGUUGCCAGAGUCGGAGGUCACCUAUUCCUGGAAAUUUGCGGGAGGAGGUCUCCGGACUCGGGACGUUUCCUACUUCCGUGAUGUGCCGGGGGCUCACGGGUACCUGGCACGAAUCCGGCCAGUGCAGCCCAGCCAUGGUGGGACCUUUUCCUGCGUGAUCCUGCACGACCAGCGCCCUCUGGCGCGGCUCUACUUCUUUCUGAACGUGACGGGCUCUCCUCCGGCUGAGGAGACUGAGCUCCAGGUCACGUUCCGGGAAGUGAUGCAUUGGAAGCCGCAGGAGGCGGAAGUGAUCCAGCCCUGGAGGCCCAGCCUAGGCGAACUGUUUACCAGGCCCCAGGCUCUGACGCUUGGCAACUUAUUCCUGCUCGCUGCCACCGCUGCACUUGGGUCCGCUAGUGUUACCGUGCUAGUGUGGCUGUUUUUUCGGUGGUACUUAAGUGGCAACUAACAAAUCCUGAUCCUACAUCUGUCCUGGAAAUAAAGCAUAUAUUUUAGUUCUUGGGUGUUUGUUUGUUUGAUUGUUAAGGUCACUGCUAACCUAGAGGUGAAGACAAGACAAAAUACCUUCCAAAUACUCAGGUGAAUAUGGUGACAGGAUACAAACUUUUAG